GUGAUCGCAGAAACAGACUCAUCCGCACGAAUACCCGAACGUCCCGUCUUCAGUGAGCUGUUCGUUCCAAAACGUUCCUGUUAUUAAUGACGCUGGAGCUGGCAGCAGCGGGGCAGAGUGAUGGUUGAUCAGCUGAGUGAUCUGCUCUCUAACUGCGAUGGAGAAACGGAGGGGUAGACAGGGAACAGCGCCCGCCCCAUCGCUCUGCUCUGUACCCAGCAUCUUUAACAGAGCCUCCCUCUCUCUCUCUCCCUCACACACACAGUGGAACAGCAUCAGAGCUGGAGCUACCCAUCUCUCCCUCCCUCUCCUGUUUCUCUCUUUUUCCCUCUGCCUCUCUCGCAACGAAAGGAGAAGAAGACUAUUGGACUUGGAAAUACACAUGAAAAACCGGCUGUGAUCUGAGUCUCACGGUGACACGCUGGACUGCUGCUCUAAAACAUGGGUCCCAGCCAUGAGGUGAAUACCUGCUGCCGCUCAAUACAGUAUGUGAGGGGGCUCACUCCCGCUGAUGGAAAUUGACACGAGGAGCGACAGUGAUUGAGGAUAACAAUGAUGGAAGACAGAGUGAUCCAUCCCCAGCCCAAGCCAGAGCGUUCCUCCUCAACCGUUCCUUCGCUUCACCGACCGGCCCUCUGAAGGAUACAUUGACCUUCACACAUCCAGCUUGCCUGACAACCUGGAGCAGGGUACAUUGAAAGGUUGCUCCUCUCCUCUCUGCCAAGGACGAAACGACUACAACAGGGGCAAAGCUUUGGGGACCAGGUGACAGCAGACAUCUGCCCUGUCGGGCCGCGGUAACAAAUGAGCCUUUAUUUGUGAAGUUAACAGUGCUAACGGCAGACUCCAUAAGGACCAAUUACUAUCUGAAGGGAAUAGUGGGCCAAGAUGAAGGAGACUGCGUUUGUGGCUUGUCUGUUAGCGGAGCUAGCUCUGACUGCCUUUGUUCUAGCCUCAGAGGGGGGCACUGCUCAUUGCCCUGCAUUGUGCCGGUGUGAGAUACGACCCUGGUUCUCUCCCAGCUCUAUUUAUACAGAGGCUCCCACGGUGGACUGUAAUGAUUUAGGCCUAUCAACACUGCCAGAGAAACUUCCCUCAGACACACAGGUGCUAUUGUUACAGACCAACAAUAUCAUCAGCGUCGAGAAACCUUUGGAUUACCUGGCUAAUGUCACAGAUAUAGACUUAUCCCAGAAUAACAUAUCCUCUGUGAGCGAUGUCCGUCUGGGUCCUCUUCCCCACCUGCUGUCACUGCACAUGGAAGAGAACUGGGUUCCAGCCUUAUCAGAUAACUGUCUCCCGUCCCUGCCCAACCUCCAGGAGUUCUACAUCAACCACAACCUGAUCUCCUCCAUCAGUCCUGGGGCCUUCCAGGGGCUGGGGAGGCUCCUGCGGCUCCAUCUCAACUCCAACCGCCUGAGGGGCAUCAGCAGGGAAUGGUUCCAGCCGCUACCCCGCCUGGAGAUCCUGAUGAUUGGGGAGAACCCCAUCGUCCAAUUGUCAGACAUGAACUUUAAGCCCCUGGUCAACCUACGCAGCUUGGUUCUGGCCAGGAUGAAUAUGUCUGAAAUCCCGGACGACACUCUGGUCGGCCUCGACAAUCUGGAGAGCAUCUCGUUUUUCGACAACCUGUUUGUCAGAGUCCCCCGGGCUGCUCUGAAGAAAGCCAAGAACCUGAAGUUUCUGGAUCUCAACAAGAACCCCAUUGAGCGGAUUCAGAGAGGGGAUUUUGUGGACAUGUUCCAUCUCAAAGAGCUGGGCAUCAACAGCAUGCCUGCACUGGUGUCCAUUGACAGCUUUGCCCUGAACAACCUCCCAGAGUUGACCAAGAUAGAGGCCACCAACAACCCAAAGCUGUCCUACAUCCAUCCCAACGCCUUCCACAAGCUGCCGAGACUUGAGACGUUGAUGCUGAACAGCAACGCCCUCAGCGCUCUGCACCGCGGCACUGUGGACUCCCUGCCCAACCUGCGCGAGGUCAGCAUGCACAGCAACCCCAUCCGCUGUGACUGCGUCAUCCGCUGGAUCAACAUGAAUCGGACCGGAGUACGCUUCAUGGAGCCCAAUUCCCUCCUCUGCGUGGAGCCGCCUGAGUACCAGGGCCAGCACGUCCGUCAGGUUCACUUCCGGGAGAUGACCGAGAUCUGCCUCCCACUCAUCUCACCUGGGAGCCUUCCAGAUCGAGUCAUGGUCGGGAGAGGGAGCUUGGUGACGCUGCACUGCCGGGCAUUUGGAGAGCCGGAGCCAGAGAUCUACUGGGUCACCCCCUCUGGGGACAGAGUCCUGCCCAACAGUGUGUCUGAUAAGCACUACAUGCAUCCAGAGGGGACCUUUGAAAUCUAUGACACUACCGAGCGCGAGGCAGGACUGUACACCUGUGUCGCUCACAAUCUUGUUGGCGCAGACCUUAAGUCUGUGUUGGUGGUGGUUGACAGAUACUUUCCACAUCCUUCUCUUAAUGCUUUACAUAUAUACGUUAGAUCAGUGCAGCCCAACUCUGUUUCAGUGUCUUGGGAUAAUACUUACGGUGGUCUUGUAUCCAAUAUAAAGUGGUUCACAGUGGCAAAUGCUAAGCACCCCUCCAUGGCACACACUGCGAGAGUACCAUCCGAUGUGAAGGAGUACCGUCUCACCCACCUGAACCCCUCCACCCAGUACCGGGUUUGUGUGGAAGUCAUGAGCAUGCAACUCGGACACAACAGGGACUGUGUCAACGUCACCACAAAGGGACUGGCUCACCCCGUGGAGAGCAGGGAAACGUGGGACACAGUGGUGAUGGCAGCCUGUGCUGUGAUAUUCAUUGUGGUCGCUGUGGCUUGCUCUCUCAUAUACACAUCUCUGCAAAGCCAACACUUUUACAGGAAGUUGAUGGUGGACCAAUCUCAGUCAUUGCUCAGUCCUAGCACCCGCCCUGGCUCCGCCUCUUCUCUCACGGAACUCUGUGUGGCUGGAGUCAAGGUGAGGGCGACAGUGAUAGACUUGCCAGAAAACUCCAUGUAAUGUAAGAAACGUCCUUGAGAAGGAAAAUUGAUGUUCUGGAUUUUAAACAAGGUGAAAUAGUGAUGGACACAGAACUUUGUUGAUUCGUGCCCCCCUCAUUUCGUGACAAUGACAGGACACCGCGUUCUGAAACUCCUGGAACACGAUGGAAUCAGAAGCCGGAGCCCUCCCGCUUAAAUAUUUAACCAGCUAAACUCUGACCCAUAGACUAUUUUAUACAACAAAAUUGUGUCGUUGCGGCAAAAACUUUCACAGACCGGUAUCUAGAUUGUGAUAUACGUGGCUACUGGUCUGUCAUUCAUGAAGUGCAACUGGAAUAAAGCAGAACACAAAGACUGUUGUCUCUCUGUUAUGGCUUUGUGCUUUAGAACGCCUUGUGGAGAUGUCUUUGUGGUCCACAACGAGGAAUAUUUCCUGUGCUGUUUAAUCAACACUCAAGGAUCAUCAUUAAGAAAUACCGUUCAUAUACAGUUUAUAAUGGAAAAACGUGUUAGAUUAGUAGACAAUAACAGUGUAUAUGAUGUAAACAAUUUUAUGAUCACGUUUUUCAUUAAAAACAGUACAUUGUAAUUGUAA